GUGCUCUCUAUAGGCUCUACUAGUCCCAUGUCUAAAUCAUACUUGACCACCGAAUUCCCACCCGAGCUCGUCCUCGCGCUUGCAGAGUCGGACGACAUCUCGCUCUCGUCUCUUAAUUCGCUGGCCCAGACCUGCAACCACCUGCAUAACAUCAUCCAGCCGGAACUUGACGCUGCGCUGACGCCUGAAGUCGCCAGCGAGGUGCUGCUCGAUGCUGCCAAGACAAACAAACCCGAAGUCGUUGCAAAACUCCUUGCUCCCCCAUAUUCCGUCGACCCCAAUGCGUAUUCAGGGAACUCCUGCACGCCGCUUCAUGCUGCGGCAGAGCGCGGGCACGUGGCCGUCGUGAUGCUGCUACUUGCUGCGAAAGCGGACGUGACGCGGACAUGGGACUCGCGUAUCGACGACGACAUGCAGCCUUUGCACCUUGCGGUCUUGAAAGGCCACGUGGCAGUAGCGAGGUUGCUCCUUGAACGUGGAGCGAAUCCGAAUACGCGCUACGGAGAGUGGUUCAGGUAUAUUAUCUGUGAUGCCGCUUACAGAAGCAGCAUUGAGAUGGUCGAGACUUUGCUCGACUAUAAUGCGAAUCUCGAGCAACGAGACACACAUGGGACGCCUCUUGGUCAUGCCGUGGCCAGACGCGAUUUGGGAAUGAUAGAGUAUUUGUUGCGGCGCGGGGCGGAGGUGGAUGCGGAAAUGCCGCUCUAUCCUGGAGCUCAAUGCGGAAGCUUUGUGCCACCAUUCAAAGCAACGGCGCUCUAUUUUGUGUUGUCAUUGAAGCACCCCAAGGGAGACGGGAAAAAGAGGAAUGCUGAGAGUGCACCAAAGGAGGGGAGAGAAAAGAUCAUGAAAUUGUUGUUGAUGUAUGGAGCGAAGAAGGACAGAGCGAUGGAGACGGUGAAGCAGUAUUUGACUGGGUUGGCGGAUGCAGAAGGUAUUUCGGAGGAAGGGUUAUUAAAGAAGGUCGAUAGCAUAUUUGCAAGUGUGGAACUGUCUAAGUAA